CCGAGGAAGAAGCACACAAGACACACGACGGCCGGCAGCAGUGAUCAACGCACGCAUGAUGGUUAAGCCACGCUUCAAGCAACUAAUCGCCUUAUUGUUGAUCAAUUGCUCUCUUAUCAGUACGGUUCGAUGUGACGACGAUCGAUCCUCAUCCGCCGAAGAUGGUGACGAACAUAACAAACAGGUUGGCGAGAACCUGGUCUCGGCUCAGCUAUUCGCGAUCAUCGACCUGUACAAACAGGAAGAUCCCGUAGGUUUACCCGGGGCUACGGUUCCGGACCCGAUGCCCAUUCCGGAGAUUAAACAGUCGUUUUCGAUUGCGAAGAUGCACAUGAAGAAUGUGCUAGCGUACGGGUUGUCCAAGUUCCGUAUUAAGCUGCUCAAGACGGAACUGCACACGAUGAAAGUUCAAACUGGUGUGCAGAUCGACGAAAUGUUAGUGAAGGGUAACUACACCAUGAGUACAUUCUUCAAUCGUGCCGAGGGUCCGUUCACGGUCGUUCUGAAAAAUGUGAUGACGAAGGGGAACGUCUCUCUCGGUGUUGACCGAGACGGCAAGGUUCGAACGCAGGACAUCAGUUUGGACAUUGCGUUCGAUGAUAUGUCAAUGGAUUUUCAGAAUCUUGGUUUCAUGGGAAGUAUUUUUCAGAGCGUAGUCAACUCGGCCUCUAAUCUGGUGUUUGACACUAUUAAACCAUUCAUGUUGAAUGAGGCCUACUCCAAGAUUCGGGCCGAGAUCGAUACACGGGUGGAGAACGUAACCACCGAGAACAAUAUACUGUUUCCCAACUCGAUCUCUCCGCUGGACAUGGCUAUCGGAGAGGCCCGAACGCUGGUGCGCAACAAAAAGUUUGACCCGUAUCUAAUUCCCGACUACAAUACAACGGCGGGAAUCUUCGGCAUGCAUACGUCGCAUACCUGGAUUAGGGGCGUGUCUAGCUUCUACCGAUACGGAAACAUCGGCAUCGUGAUGCAGAACAAUACGGUGGCACUGACGAUGCAGAUCGGUACUCAGAGGAUUAUGGGUUCAACCCAAUGGGAGGUAUCCGUUGGUCGUGGCAUGCUCACCCGAGCUGGGCAAGCUCAGUUUACAGUCGAACACAUCAAGGUGGCGUUUGAAGUGCAGCAGCCGUUGGAUCUACGGAAAAAGCCGAAGCUUAAUGAUAUUCAGCUGGAACUUGGUAAUAUACAGGUGCGCUGCGAUGGAGCGGGAACUUUGGACUACAUCGUUGAAGCGGUGGUGAAUAUUCUGCCUAAUUUGCUGCGUUACCAGAUUAUGGACGCAAUCGAAAAUCCGCUCAGGUCUCGCAUCCAGGAAAAGUUGGACUGCAUUAACGUAGAGCAGAUGAUCAAGAAGCACAUGGUUGAGUAUGAGCAGCGAGGGUUCGAUAUGGAAAUCGAUUUAAAAAUUUGUUAAGCGAUUCAGUGUAUGCAAUGCGUGGUAGUCUAAAUCAGUGGAAGUAGUAUAAGACGAAUAUUUGAAUUUCAGGAAUAGGUACAACUUAUUGUUCAACUUCUUGCUUACUUGGACAUUUUAAAUCAUGUUUUUUUACAGUGAAAGUUGAACUAAAUCCAGCAUUCAUAAAGACUGACAAUUCAACAUUGUUUUGUUAGUGUCAGAGAUAAAAAAGUUAUCUUAGGUAGCUUGACUCUCAGAUUACGCAGUAAUUCUGUGUCUGAAUCGCAGAAUAUAUAAGAAAAAUAGUCUCCGAUUGUAGACUUGUGCUCACGACAGUAAUAAAUACAUAUUUUAAGGCCGAA